GAAGCUGAGGCUGGGAGAGGUGACAUAACUUGGCAAAGAUCUCACAGCUAGCAAGUGGUGAAGCCAGGAUUCAGAACAGUGUAAUUCUAGAUUCAUCUUCAUUCUAGCAAUCUGAACUCUUUUUCUGCACUGGCCUUUAAAUAACACUAGAGGAUGGCUGUGCUUCAUCAGAAGUCUGUCUUGGAAAUGAUUAAAGAGUUCAGGAGGAAUUGGCACAAUCUUUGUGACUCUGAGAGAACUACUGUAUGUGGCGCAGACUCCAUGAUCUUGGCAUUGCAGCUUUCCAUGGCAGAGAACAACAAACAGCACAGUGGAGAAUUUACAGUUUCUCUCAGCGAUGUCUUAUUGACCUGGAAACGCUUACUACAGGAGAAAUUGAACUUACCAGUUGAAAAUAUGGAAGUGAUUGACCAUUAUGAGGACAUUAGGAAGACUUACGAAAAUUUCUUAAAAAAUAGUAAUAUGUUAGAUCUGAUUGAUGUUUAUAAAAAAUGUAGUGCUUUGACUUCUAAUGGUGAAAAUAAUGCCAACAUAUCUCCCAGUCAACUACGGGAUUUUCUGUGUGGCAGACAGUCCACAGUAGAUGAUGAAACUGGUCUUUCUGUACCGACAUCGCCAAUGAGUAAACACAAACAGGAUAAUGAAAAGGCGAAGUUACUGGCAAAGAAAAUUAUCUACUCAUAUUUGAAUCUGCUAGUGAAUUCAAAGAAUGACCUGGCUCUGGCUCAUAUUCUCAAUAUUCCUGAUAGAGGACUUGGAAGAGAAGCCUUCACUGAUUUGAAACAUGCUGCUCGAGAGAAACAGAUGUCUAUCUUUUUGGUGGCCACAUCAUUUAUUAGAUCAAUGGAGCUUGGAGGGAAAGGAUAUGCACCAUCACCUUCUGAUCCUUUAAGGACACAUGUGAAAGGAUUGUCUAGUUUUAUUAAUUUCAUUGACAAAUUAGAUGAGAUUCUUGGAGAAAUAGCAAAUCCAAGCAUUGCAGGGAGUCGGAUACUCUCCGUGAUAAAGAUGCAGGUGAUUAAAGGCCAGAACAACAGGGAUCCUUUUUGUAAAGCAGUAGAGGAGGUUGCUCAGGAUUUGGAUUGGAGGAUUAAAAAUAUUUUCAAUUCUCAACAAGGAGACUUAGCUGUUAGCACCACUGACAUCAGUCCUGCACGGCCAAAAUCUUAUGCCAUAAACCAUGGCACUGCAUACUGUGGCAGAGAUACCGUGAAACUUUUACUAGUUCUUUUGGAUGAAGAAGCAGCCAGUGUUCCUACCAAAAACAAAGCAGAGCUUUUAUAUGACGAUGAAUACACCAUUGAUCACAAUGGCACUUCUAUUCUUACACUUUUCAGAUCUCCCAUACAAGUGAAUAAUUCUUUGGUGAAACCACUAAGAGAACGCAUCCAUAAGUCAAUGGAAGAGAAAAAAAUUAAGAUGAAGCAAACCUUAAUUAGAUCCCAGUUUUCUUGUACCUAUAAAGAUGACUGCCUGAUAAGCAGGAAUACAUGGAAUAAUGUUGAUUCAGCAUCAAAGCCAUUGAAUGUUCUUCACAUGGAAAAUGACCUUUCUGGUGUAAAUUCAUCUGUUGGAAGACCAACAAUUGGAACAAAUCCUGGAAAUGUUCAUCUGGACAGAAGUAAAAAUGAAAAAGUAGAAAGAAAAUCCAGUAGUGAGACAGGAAAUAAAAGCUCAAAAAGGAAACAGCCUCAAUGGAAAGCACUUCAAAGACAGACUUUCAUCACUUCAAAAGUGACUCAUCAGGCACUGGGAGCAAGACCACUCCAGGGCAACUUUAAAUUAAAAUUAGAGCUUGAGGCUUUUCAGGCCACAGUCAGUGCAAAUACCAAAGUUGGGUUUCAACCUGUUUUGGAGGUGGCCUUUUAAUCUACAAAAGUCCUUGUCAGUAGCGACUUUUUUUCUUAGCUGCUGGUGUGAAACUAUAAUAAAUAUCAAUAAUUGUGUAUUUUGUUUUAAAUUUCUACUGGGUGAAUUGUUUUGGCUGAUCUUCACACAAAAUUUGGACCAAAUCCAAAUCAUUUUGACAGUUUAGAAAAGUUGGUUAAUGUUUUCUUUUAUAUUGCUUAAAUUGUUAUAGACUCUGAAUAUUAUGAGGUUUUCCCAUAAUCAUUUAAUUAUGGAGAUAGUUUCCAGUUUUUUUUAAAUGAUACUUUUUAAAAAAAUGUUGGUUACUCUGAUGUGCAAUGGAGCAUAGAUUUACUUUUCAUUGAUGCUGAAAAUUGUGUCCCCAAGUGGUAGGAAGGAACUUUGAAGAAGAAAAACUAUUGCCAGAUGGGCUUGGGUGGUUCAGAAAACCUUGGAAAGGCAAAAGGUUUAUAUGAAAUGUGACUUCCAUUUUCUGAAGACCUACUACUAACAUCUUAUAUUUGUAAAUAACUUGACUGAAAUUAUCUUUCCUCCAAUGAACAUAUCUUUGACCAUGUGAUAACAUAUCUUUGGCCAAGUAAAUUUA